AGCGCCCUAUAAACUCGCCCUGGUCCUGCCCUGCCUCUCCAGUCUGCAGAGGCGGCCGAGGCGGAGGCGAGCGAAGCGGGACCAGGUCAACCCGGCUGAUUUCUCUCAGCAAGAGGACGAGCUUCUUCCAUGGGGGCCGUGCUGGAGAGAGCCUGAAGAGGAAGGGACAGUGGCUGCAGCUUGUUUCUGGGUGCGUUUCUGUCUCGUUUCCAGCUGGAUCCCGGCAACCCUCUCUCAGUGCUGGCUUCGGCAACAGCGCGGGUGGCUGCUGCCAAUUUCCCCACAAGCUGGGCAGUUUUCUGUCCCUGCUGCCUGGACGCAGGCUGGGGAGCAGGGACGGUCCCUGCAGGGAUGCUGAGCGUGUAGAAAGAGUUUUAUUUAAAAUAUUAAGCAGGCAAUACAGGGCUACAAGAAGAAAAUAUGGGGAAGUAGGGGGAUGCCGGGGCCGUGAAAGCGUGAAAAGCUGUGACAGCUUUUAUUAUUUAUUAUGUGGGGACGUGUCUUCUGAGUCCUAACUUCAGAAGUUGAAAGAAAUUUCGUUUGUUUGUUUUUUAAAGAAGAUAUUUAUGGCCUCUAUGGCUGUAGGGAAGAAAACCUGAGUGACUAUUAAGCAUGCAAAACCUCCUAAAUUAGAAAACUGAAAUGCAAAGCCAUUCUCCAGAAUCAGAUGACUUGGAGAGACCUUGGCUAGAAGGGAAAAAGGAUCUUUAUGCUCUGUGGGCAAGACCCCAGGGUGGCGUGGGGCUGGUGCCGGGGGAGCACUGCCCAGGGGAUGCUCCUUGGGUCAUUGCUGACCCCGCUCAUCUGAGCGUAAGCUCUCUAGUAUGGCUAAUGCUAAAUUAAUUUAGGUAAACCAAGCCCAAACAUCUCUUGUCAAUACUGUUGCUCCCAAUGUCUGUUUGCGAGUGCCCGCUCCGGUCUCCAUGAGUGGCCACGGUGCCGGGCGAAGCAGAGAAAGCACAAGUAGAUCUAAGGGGCUCUAGGAGAGCUGGAGGGCGGCGUGCCAUGUUAAGGCUGUUCUUCAGGGUGGAAGAGCUGCAUCCGGCUGAUCUCCGAGUGGUGCCCGAGGCUCACCUCCACCCGACACCGUCAGCUUGUGUCCCCAGUGGCCAAGCCCUUUGCUACAACCAUGGACAUUGUGGAGAGGGUCCUCUCUGUGGCACAGGCCAUUCACACACAAUUCGAGCAGGUGAAGUGCUGUAAGCACCAGUGCCAGCGCCUUGUGGAGCGCAUCCAGAUCCUGCUGGAGCCUGUGAGGAUCCUCAAGGCUCAGCUACCAAAGCACAUCUCCCACCAUGAAAAGAAACUGUUGAAGAAGCUGCUCCGGGUGCUGGGGGAAGCCCAGAAACUGGUGAUGAAAUACAGCCAGACCAGCUGGAUACAGAAGUUCCUGAGAGCCCGCAGCAACAGUGAGGAGUUCGUCUGGGUGAAUGAGAGCCUGGAGGACAUUGCUCAGGGGCUCUCGCUCCUGCUGCAGGCAGAGCAGAAGCAAGCUUUCCUGGAGGCUUUCCAGGCAAAGACCCGUCGCAGGCAGGACGCCGAGGACCUGAGGGACGACAGGGCUUUCUUGAACCAGGUGAUUGCAAGUACUGAGCAGCCCAAAGAGGUGUCUGGGGAGAUCUACAUCGACAGGGAAUGUAUGGAGACCAAGGUAGACUGGAUGCAAAAUGAGCUCAACAAAAUUGUGCGCGUGAUGGAGUCCUUGAAGAAGGUCAAUGUUGGUAAAAGAGAAGACAUCACCGAGAUCGAGCGGGACCACCUCACCCUCUACAGACACCUGCAGGACACGGAGAGCUAUGACCUCUACGAGGGCGAGUACCUCAAGUACCCUGUCGCCGUCAAAACCUUCAAGAGGCCGCUGACCACCGACCCGGCGAAGGUGAGGGACAUCUUUGAGAAGGAGAUUCAGACCCUGAAGAAGUUUGAGUCUCCAAACAUCCUGCGCAUGUACGGGAUCUGCAUUGAGGAGAAAGAUGGGAGCCCCUGCUUCUCCAUCGUCAUGGAGUACUGUAAGCACGGGACACUGCGGGAUGUGCUGACCAAGCAAAGGCAUCUCUCCUGGGAGGUCCGCAUUCGGAUGGCCCUGGGAGCCGCCAGAGGUCUUUACAGGUUGCACUGGACUGAGGAGAAGUCCCGACUCCAUGGCUGCAUCUGCAGUAGCAAGUUCCUGGUGGCUGGGGAUUACUGUGUGAAGCUGUCGGGAUUUGAGCUGUGUGAAACAGAGUCAUCCAUCAAGAGGAAAGCCAAGAAGAACUGGAAACAACUCUCUAUGCUGGCUUACAUUGCCCCUGAGAACCUGAAAGAAAGCAGCUACCCCUACAAGAGGCCCUGUGAAAUAUACAGCUUCGGGAUCGUGCUGUGGGAGAUUGCGACCUCCAAAAUCCCAUUUGAAGGCUGCACCCCCCAGGAGAUCAUGGAGAAAAUCUGCGACCACCAUUACCGGGAUCCUGUUGGGGAAGAUUGUCCUGAAGACCUGCGGAAAGUCAUUGACCAGUGCCGGGCCUUUGACCCUUCCCAACGCCCUUCUGCGGAGGAGAUUGUGGACUCGCUGGCUGACCUGGAGAAAAGCAGAAACCAAGGAAUUUAACUGCAGAGAGCAGGGUCGGGUGCCCACAAGCUGCCAGGUGCCUUGCAAAGCCAACCAAGGGAAACCAGCGGGCUUCCUCCUGUCCUGAUUUGAGUGACACAGGAUUAAUUUCUCUUUCAGUAAUUUUACUUCUCAGUAAGGUCUCUUCUAAUGCCCAGGAAAACUGCACUUUUAGAAGACUCUGGUGCCUGAAUUGGUGAUAAUAUUUACUUUAUCGCCAGCUCUGGGGUGCGGGUUUCAAGGUCUCGGUGUUUUCAAGGUGCGGGGACGAGGGGAAGAGAGACCCGGGCAUUGCCCCAAGCUGCCAACAGGGUUAUUUCAUGCCAUGAACGGCACAUUCAGUAUAAAUUAGGAAGUUUGCUGAGGAGUUCUCUCUCUCUCUCUCCCCCUCCCCUGAUGGCUGCCAUCCUGAGCACUCCUCGCCCCGGUGCCGCAGCCCUGAG